UGAAAAAAAAGCCAGAGAUUGUCGAGCUCAAGAAAACGAAUCAAGAACACAGCAGAAUUUUACAGAGACGCAGAGAGAUGGAUCCGAAGCUAACAGAAGCAUCGCAAUUUUUCGAGAGAUUCAAAGCGGCUUGUAUAAGAGAAGAUGUUGAUGAUUGCAGCAAACUCCUCUCUUCACUCAAGGUGAUGCUGACUGAAUUUAAUAGCUUGCCUCCGUUGUUUGAGCAAACACCUAAUGCCAUUCAUGAACUCACAUUAGCAAGGGAUAUAUAUGAACAUGCUGUUCUUCUCAGCGUCAAGAUUGGGGAUCAGGAAGCUUUUGAAAGAGAUUUCUUCCAGUUGAAACCGUAUUACACAGAUGCCGGUAAUCGUCUUCCACAAUCCUCCCAAGAGUACAUGAUCUUAGGUCUCAACCUCCUUAGACUCCUAGUGCAGAAUAGAAUUGCUGAAUUCCAUACAGAGCUGGAACUGUUGUCACCUGCUGCCUUGGAAAAUCCUUGCAUCAAGCAUGCUGUGGAGUUGGAGCAAUCCUUCAUGGAAGGUGCUUACAACCGUGUGCUGAGUGCAAAACAAACUGUGCCGUACAAGGGCUAUGACUAUUUCAUGGACCUUUUGGCAAAGACAGUAAGGGAUGAAAUAUCUGGAUGCAGUGAGAAGGCGUAUGACUAUCUUUCAUUAAAUGAUGCCCGCCAAAUGUUGCUCUUCCCCUCUGAUAAUGAAACUUUGCAAUACAUCAAGGAGGAGCAUCCUGAGUGGGAGAUAAAGAAUGGUGUAGUGGUUUUCCAGAAGGCGAAAGACUCUGCUCCUUGCAAGGAAAUACCGUCGUUGCAACUCAUCAACCAGACUCUGAGUUACGCUAGAGAGUUGGAGCGAAUUGUGUAGAUAGUGACAAUUAGAGCUACCCUGAACACAAACCUUCAACUGAGAAUUGUUCCCCUUGAGGAUAAGAACAUGUUUAUCAUUUUGUAUUGUAAUUUUUGGCUGCUCCAGUCACAAAAUUUGGUUACGUUGUUUUAUUGCUUCAA